AUGUUAGACCUCAAUGACUUUAUCACCGAACGGGGCGGUGACCCACAGAAGAUCAAGGACAGCCAGCGCCGACGAUUCGCCCCCGAAGAAGCCGUCGAUGAGGUGAUCACGCUCUACGAAGAGGCCCGCAGAGCUCGGUAUGAAGUGACUCAAAUUGGCUCCCAGCUCAAUGCUCUCAUGAAGGAAAUUGGUAAAAAGAAGAAGAACAAGGAAGACGCGGGUGAUUUAAUCGGCCAGAAGUCUGACCUGGAUAAGCGCAAGAAAGAGGCCGAAGAUUUCGCUGCUUCAAAAGAGGUCGAACGGGAUCGCAAGAUUCGUGUGAUCGGGAACUACGUUCACGCGUCAGUCCCUGUUAGCGACAAUGAGGAUGACAACCAGGUUAUCAAGACCUGGACACCGGCCGAUGCCGUGAUGGAGCGACCGAAUUGCCUUUCUCAUCACGAAGUCCUAACUCGCCUGGACGGAUAUGAUCCCGAGCGGGGUGUGAAAGUCGUUGGCCACCGAGGGUACUGCUUGACUGGCUAUGGUCUCUUCCUAAACUUGGCCCUCGUCAACUACGGUCUGGAGUUCCUGUUCAACAGAGGCUACACACCAAACCAGCCCCCUCAGUUCAUGCUCAAAGACUUGAUGGCGAAGACUGCGCAGCUGGAGCAAUUCGAUGAGGAGCUAUACAAGGUGACCGAGAGCGAGGACAAGUCCACCGACAAAUAUCUGAUUGCCACCUCCGAACAACCCCUCUCCGCGCUGCAUGACAGCGAGUGGCUGCAGGAGAAGGAGUUGCCUAUCAAGUACGCUGGAUACAGCACCUGCUACCGCAAAGAAGCAGGCUCACAUGGGAAGGAUGCUUGGGGUAUCUUCCGUGUACACCAGUUUGAGAAGAUCGAGCAAUUCGUCUUGACAAAACCAGAAGAUUCUUGGCAGGCAUUCGAGGAAAUGAUGGCAACCUCCGAGGAGUUUUACCAAUCCUUAAAGCUUCCCUAUCACGUCGUGGCAAUUGUUUCCGGUGCAUUAAACAACGCCGCAGCGAAGAAAUAUGAUCUCGAAGCUUGGUUCCCCUUCCAGCAGGAGUACAAAGAGCUUGUUUCGUGCUCUAAUUGUCUGGACUACCAAUCGCGAGCUCUGGAGAUCCGCUUCGGCGUCAAGAAGGCCACCGAUUUGAAGAAGACUUACGUUCAUGCGCUUAAUGCGACAUUGUGUGCCACGGAGCGUACCCUUUGCUGCAUCCUCGAGAACUACCAAAGACAAGAUGGCAUUGAAGUACCGGAAGUACUCCGGAAGUACAUCCCCGGAUCCCCCGAGUUCUUGCCCUACACCAAGGAGCUUCCGAAGGACACAACCUCGCAGAAGGCUAGGACCAAGACUGGCAAGGGAGCGGAUGAGGCAGCUAAGAAGAUGCAGGGCCUUCAAGUGUAG